AUGAAUGCCAACUCCACCGCGACAGCAAUCGGCCUCACCAGUCCCUUCGAGAAGCUGUCCUUUUUCCCUAAUUCUUCUAAUUUAAUACUCGCCCAUUUGCAUGAGAUCAUCUUCAGCUUCGUCUUCUACCAGCUCUCAUUCUCCAUCUUCGCACCGUUCUUGAAUAGAGUGGUCUUCCGCAAACACUACACCACGAUCCGUGACCCACUGCUGAAAAUUGAUUUCGAUGUCCACACCGUCUCGAUGAUCCAAGCAGUCGUCUCGAACACCGUCCUGUUGCCCACCCUAACGACGCCGAUGCACUACAAUGUCGUCACCUACACAGACUCGUAUAGUUCAAUGGUAUCCUCGCUCAGUGCAGGGUACUUUAUCUGGGACUUGACUAUGUGUAUGCGUUACUUCAAGCUCUACGGUAUCGAGUUCACCGGCCACGCCAUUGGGUCCGUAUAUGUGAUGCUUUUGUCCUUAAGGCCGUUCUGCCAACCAUGGAUCGGCAGGUUUCUUAUUUACGAGGCCUCCACUCCAUUUGUUAACAUCAAUUGGUUCAUCAUGCAGUGCAAUGCCAAGAGCAAGAACUCCAUCCCUCUGUGGUUUAAUGUUGUCAAUGGCCUCUUGCUCAUGACUGUAUUUUUCAUUGUCAGGAUUUGCUGGGGCACCAUCGCGUCCGCACUUUUGUUCAAGCAGAUGUGGAAGGUCAGAGACGAGUUGCCCAAGCUGUCAGCUGUCACAAUGAUGUCACUGAACAUUUUCAUGAACUUUUUAAACGUGCUUUGGUUCAAGAAGAUGAUUAAAAUUGCCAAAAAGCUCGCAAAACCAGCCCCAAUAUCGAAACUAGAUUAA